ACGUGCAUGCUGCUGUGACUUUGACGCGCCGAUAUUGAAUUUGUGUGGCAUCUGCUGCGGCGGUUGGAAGUUAAACGUCGGCUGUACUCUCUUGACUUUUUCAUUUACGGAAAUUUGAUCAAGCUUGUGCAGCGAUCGACAUCGACUAGACGAUUUCAGUGCUUAAGUUUGGAAUUCUUGGAGAUAAUCGGUGGAAAGAUAACAAGAGAAGAUGUCAGCCGUUGCUGAAAUGGGUGGGUCCAAAAACCUGGGUCUGCGGGUCCAGAAGAAGAUGUUGGGCAAGAUGACGUCCAAGAAGAUCGCCAAGGUCUUCAUCGACGACACCAUGGGUGAACUCCUGGACAACGUCUACAAGCUGUGCAAGGAGUACAAGCAGAACAAGAAAGAGGCAGAUAAACUCAUCAAGAAUAUCAUCAAGAUCACGGUAAAGAUCGGCAUCCUCUACCGCAACGAACAGUUCAACGCCGAGGAGAUCAAAAUCGCCGAAGCUUUCAGGAGAAAGUUCCGGACCAUGAUCAUGACAUUCGUCAGUUUCUGCGAAGUGGAUUACACGUUUGAUAAGAACUUCAUGGUAGGAGCGCUCAAUGACUGCUCUCUGCUCCUCACCCAACUGGUGGUGAGACAUCUGACGGAUAAAUCGCAAGGCAGGAUAGACUAUGUAUUUGGUUUCUUCCAGGAUGGCGCAUUUAUGGACUCACUUUUUGACCCAAACAGUCCUCUAAAACCAAACCUUUCAGUUAUUGUAGUAGGACUCAACAAAUUAUUAGAAGAAGGAAGCAUAUAACCCCUUCGUCUUGGCCUUCUAUCUUCCAAAGUCUUUUUUUUUUACAUUUGAUAGAUUUUAUCAAACUUGUAUCAUAAAUGAAGAGGAAAAAAUGUGCAAAUUAUUGACAGUGGAAGCUCAAAGUGACUCAACUCAUACUUUGUUAGUGUUUUUGUUUGUUUGUUUGUUUUUAUCUCGGGAACCACAGCAAUCUUGUGCAGACUUUUUAACGCAAUUUACAGUAUGGACUCAUGUGGAGGCUAUGCAUGUGAACAUUCUGCUAUUUUAGAGUACCCUCAGUUGGUGUGCUCUUCUGGGAGGAAGGACAUAAUGAAAUAUCUCUACAUUACGGAAAAAGGAUUUGCCUAAGUUACAAUACACAUGAGCAACAAAUCGUUCCUUUGUUGUUUAACAUCCCAAUUAAAUGAGCCUCGACCAGCAGGGACAGUGGAUCAUCAUAUUUUGAUUGUGAAGCAAAUUGCAGUGAAUCAGGGAGCAGCUCUAGAUUUAUGGUAUGGCAACGAUUUAAGGAUCUGAUCUGCAGAUCUUUGAAGUGGGAAACAUUGACUUCGAUGCCACCGAUCAGUUGUAAUAUCCAGGAAAGCUGAAAGGGAAUUUGAUGGCUGAACGAUCCGUAAUUCACAGCUCUAAUCAUGCCUGAAGGGAUGGGUAGUCUCUUGGUAUCCUUAUCUGGUUGCAUUGCAGAAGUUCAACAGGACGAUCUGGUAAAGAGGGAAAUUGUGGAGUCAAUCGUGUGUCAACACAUGCAGCGGUUCUCAAAGGAUACACAUAACCCUUCCUAACGCAAUGUUCACACCCUGUCAAAUCAACUUUUUGGUAAUGGUGUAGAUAAGGGUCUGUGAAAUUGGUGAGUACUUGGCACAAGGUAACGUACAAUUGACGGUAAGAUAAGUGUAAUAGUCCAAAAUUAUUAAAAAAAGGUAGAAAACUGUCUUUUGUCUGUCCAAUGACAGUUUAGCAGAAUUACCGGUAGGAGUCAUUUUGUUUAAGGAACUCCAGCACAACUCAGAAUAGUUAUGUAUGCAUCAAGGACAUAUUUUAUGAAUCGAAGUUGAUGAACGAAUUGAAAUACAGUGUGUGUGCUCUAAUACAUGCAAUUUUCUUUUUAUAAAGAGAUGAAAGUUCUCAUGCAAUUUCGUCUUAAAAUGUAUCCCUCAAUCUUUCUCAGAAGGGAUGGUGUAUCCAAUGUGUGUUGAUGAUCAAAAACAUUCUUGCAAAUAUGAUGGUAGUUUUUUUUUGUAUAAACAUCAUGGGUAUGUUGAAUUCUUCAAAUGAAUGAAUCUAGUAGUAAACAUUUUUAGUGAUGAUGAUAAUGAUUGAGAACAGUGCCUAUACUUGUAGAUACGUUUAUGCCAGUCUAUCAGAAAAGCUAGUGAUCAAACUUUUUUAUAACUAAAAUGGCAUUUUUUGAUGAUUAUGAUGAUAUAAAGUUAUGGCUAAAGGGAAGUAUUAUCUCACGUUUUUUAAAUUUAUGGCCAUUAGAUGAAUACAGCAGCUCUGAUAUUUAAUAGCAUUUAAAAUGUAAAGACGUUACCUUCAGUUUUCUUUCGCUCUGGUGCAAAAGAAAGCUUGGCAUAACGAUUGAAAAGAACACUGGUAUACAUGUAACAUCAUUUGGGUUCAAAGUAUUAGGGAUUUAAAAUAUGGCAGUUCAGGGUGAAGAAUUAUAUAUUUACUUUUUUUUUUACUGGAAACUUCUUAUCUCAUAUGUUGUUGUUAGAAUAGAAUGCUUAUAUUAUAAUUA